AUGGUUGGCAUCGACGCCCUGCUUUUGUCGCAGGCUGAUGGCGACGACGAGGCCUUGGCUGCCGCGUCUGUCAGGCGCCAGUCCGACGACACAGAACAAGUGAAACGCCAACUCGAGAACCAAUUCCUGUUGCCCUCGGCCUGCUUCUCGACAGAAUGGCUCAACCGCCUGCAGCAGCGAUGGGAAUUCGAGGCCGAUUAUGCCUCGCUCUUCAAGCUUGCCCCCCCGCAGACCCGCACCGUUACCCGGUUCCUGCGCCGUGGCCUCGAGGGCAGGGUUACCGGCUACGAAAACGUGACGGUGCCGAUGAAUAGUGCCACGGCAAAGAACUCGACCAGCCUGCUACGCAAGCCCGCAAGCCGCGCCGAAUUUGUGAGGGGGGCCGCUGGCUUCUUUCCCUUCGCCCCGGGCGGCCUUGACGGCAUCGAGGCCACGGCCGCUCUCGAGGAUCAGGGAGGCUUGCUCGAGGUCGCGCCGGGCAUGAGGCGCGGCAUAAAGUUCAGCAAGAAAGCGGCAUCUGACGACAACGAGGAUGCGAAUGCCAUCAAGCAGGUGCUCGAGGAGGACCCCGAGGAUCCAGGCGGCGCAGAGCGGGAUGACAACGACGGCUCCCCCCAUGUCUCACAAGACGAUGCUCUCAACGGCCAAGAGGACGGCGACGACAUUGACGACAUCUUGCCAGUCGAGUUCCCCUCCCUCGAACCCCAUGGCGUGCUCGCAGCUUCCAGCGCUAGGAAGGCUGGCCGUGAAUGGGCACACAUGGUCGACAUCUCGAGCGACAUGCCCAACUUUAGGGAGCUGGUGCCCGACAUGGCGCGAGAGUGGCCCUUUGAGCUCGACACCUUCCAAAAGGAAGCGGUCUACCACCUCGAAAACGGUGACUCGGUCUUUGUGGCCGCUCACACCUCGGCUGGCAAGACGGUCGUGGCCGAGUAUGCCAUCGCCCUGGCGGCCAAGCACAUGACAAAAGCCAUCUACACGUCCCCCAUCAAGGCCCUCAGCAACCAAAAGUUCCGCGACUUCAGAAACGACUUUGACGACGUCGGCAUCCUCACGGGCGACGUGCAGAUCAACCCCGAGGCUAGUUGCCUCAUCAUGACCACGGAGAUUCUGCGCAGCAUGCUCUACCGAGGGGCCGACCUGAUCCGAGACGUCGAGUUUGUCAUUUUCGACGAGGUGCACUACGUCAACGACUUUGAACGGGGCGUCGUGUGGGAAGAGGUCAUCAUCAUGCUUCCAGAGCACGUCUCUCUCAUCCUGCUCUCGGCAACGGUCCCCAACACGCACGAAUUCGCGUCCUGGGUGGGCCGCACCAAGCAAAAGGACAUCUACGUCAUCUCAACUUCCAAGCGUCCGGUGCCCCUGGAGCACUACCUCUGGGCUGGCAAAGACAUCCACAUGAUUGUCGACGCCGACAAGAAGUUUGUCGAAAAGGGUUGGAAAGACGCACAUGGCAUCGCUCAGGGCAAGGACAGGCAGAAGCCGGCGGAAGCCGCUAUGGCCAUCCGGGGCGGCAAUCCCCGGGGAGGCCAGCGAGGUGGCCCUCCGAGGAGCGGGCAACAACGCGGCGGAGGCCGGGGCGGGGGCGGGCAGCACCACGCCCCCGGCCACAUGGGUCGAACCGGGCGUCCCGGCGGCAUGUCGUCUGCUGCCCAGGACAAGAACUUGUGGGUUCAUCUUGUCCAGUUUCUCCGCCGGCAGAGCCUGCUCCCGGCAUGCAUCUUUGUCUUUUCCAAGAAGCGAUGCGAGGAAAACGCCGACGCGCUGAGCAACCAGGAUUUUUGCACGGCGUCUGAAAAGAGCCACAUUCACAUGAUUAUUGAGAAGUCGGUUGCACGAUUAAAGCCCGAAGACAGGGUGCUGCCCCAAAUCAUCAGGCUCCGGGAGCUCUUGGGGCGAGGCAUCGCCGUUCACCACGGUGGCCUACUCCCCAUUGUCAAGGAGCUGGUGGAGAUUCUGUUUGCCCAAACGCUGGUUAAGGUGCUCUUUGCCACGGAGACAUUUGCCAUGGGCCUCAAUCUCCCGACCCGGACGGUGGUCUUUUCUGGCUAUCGCAAGCACGACGGCCACUCGUUCCGGAACCUGCUGCCCGGUGAGUACACCCAGAUGGCCGGCCGUGCUGGUCGGCGCGGCCUGGACACUGUUGGCUCGGUCAUCGUCGUGCCUCCGGGAGGCUCGGACGAUGUGCCUCCCGCGGGGGAACUGCGCAACAUGAUCCUCGGCGAGCCGUCCAAGCUGCGGUCCCAGUUCCGCCUGACGUACAACAUGAUCCUUAACCUGCUACGGGUUGAGGCGUUGAAGAUUGAGGAGAUGAUUAAGCGUAGCUUCUCCGAACACGCCACCCAGCAGUUGCUGCCCGAGCACGAAAAGGAUGUCAAGCUGGCGCAGGCGGAUCUGGCCAAGGUCAAGCGGGAUUCGUGCGACACGUGCGACACCGCCAUGGACGAGUGCCACCAGGCCGCUCAGGACUUUAAGCAGCUUACGCACGAGCUCUACAAAGGGCUUCUGAGGAUCACGAUUGGACGCCGAAUGUUUUCUCCCCAACGCCUCGUGGUGUUCAGCUGGGAGGGCAUACGCACCGUCGGCUUGCUCGUUUCCGAGGGCAUGAGCCCCCGGGGCUCCUUGGACGAGCCGGUGAUCCAAGUGUACUUGCACAGGUUGCCUCAGGGCAAGCGACGGAUGCAGACGAGGACGCUGCAUGUGCCCCUGAGUGAUAUCGAGUGCUUGACAAGAUGGGUCAUCAGGGGCACGGUGCCCGACAUUUUCAAGCCCGGCCAGGUCGGACAACAAGCGAUGGAGCGGCUUCAAGAGAUCUGCUACGCUUGGGACGACAGGUGGGACGAGCAGGACAUGGGCAAGAUCAAGAGCAUGCAGCUGCAAGAGAUUGUGGACAAGAGGGCGCAGCUGGUGCAGUCGAUGUCGAAUUCGCCUGCGACGUCGUGCCCGGGCUUCUUGAAGCAUUUUGCCAUGUGCCACGACGAAUGGCUCAUCAAGGAGCACAUCUCGCAGCUCAAGCAGUCGCUCUCGGGCCAGAACCUGCAACUGCUGCCCGACUACGAGCAGCGCGUGCAGGUGCUCAAGGAGCUUGACUUCAUCGACGACGCAACGCGCAUCCAGCUCAAGGGCAAGGUGGCGUGCGAGGUGCACUCGGGCGACGAGCUGGUGCUGACUGAGCUUAUCCUGGACAACGUGCUGGCCGACUUUGACCCGGCCGAGAUUGCGGCACUGCUGUCGUCGUUUGUGUUUCAGGAAAAGACGCUGGUCGAGCCGACACUGACGGGCAACCUGUCGCGCGGGCGUGACACCAUUGUCGCCAUUUCGGAAAAAGUCAACGACGUGCAGACGCGGCUGCAGGUGAUCCAGGCGUCGGACGAUUCCAACGACUUUGUGUCGCGGGCGCGCUUCGGGCUCAUGGAGGUGGUGUACGAGUGGGCGCGGGGGAUGAGCUUCAAGAACAUCACGGCGCUGACGGAUGUGCUCGAGGGCACCAUUGUGAGGACAAUUACGCGGCUCGACGAGACAUGCCGCGAGGUCAAGAACGCGGCGCGCAUCGUCGGCGAUCCGGAGCUAUACCUCAAGAUGCAGCAGGCCCAGGAGUUGAUCAAGAGGGACAUCACCGCCGUGGCAAGUCUAUACAUGUGA